ACCCCAAGAACUGUCAAAAAUAUUUAGAAUCCUGCGGUGAACACUGAGAAGAUUAAUAUCAGUAAAUACGAAUAAAUACUAUUAUUUACACUAUUAAAAUUCAGGAUCAGCCAAGAUGCUGGUGAGAAACCUAUCCAGAGCACUAUGGAAAACACUUCGUGUGGAAAAACGCUGUUUUGCCUCUGAACCUGUGAAGCCACAACCUGAAGCAACUGAAAAUGUUGAUCCUGUGCAGGCCGAAUACUUGGACAAAGAUAUCUGUCUCCUGGUGGACGAUAAAGACAACUUUAUCGGCACAGCUACAAAGAGGGAAUGUCACAAAGUGGGCCCCGACGGCAAUGUGCUGCUUCACAGAGCAUUUAGCGUGUUUGUGUUUAACAAAAGAGGAGACAUGCUGUUGCAAAGAAGAGCAAGCCAAAAAGUAACAUAUCCAGACUACUACACAAACGCAUGCUGCAGUCACCCGUUGUACAUCGACGACAAGCCUGAGGAAGUGAUCACAGCUGCAAGACGCCGACUAAACCAUGAGCUAGGCAUACCCCUAAAUGACAUGGACCCUGAACUGUUCACGUACAUGACGCGCGUGCAUUACCACGACCCCGGAGACGGCGUGUGGGGGGAGCACGAGAUCGACCACGUGCUGUUCUUCCAGGCCGACGUCAAGGUCAAGCCCAAUUCCGACGAGAUAUCCGAGUACUGCUUCGUGCCCAAGAACGAGUUUAACGCGUUUCUACCAACUCUCGAGGGCCCCAUCACGCCGUGGUUCAACAUGAUCCGCCGGCACCGGCUCAAGCUGUGGUGGGACAACCUCCAUCGCAUCAAGGAGGUCACAGAAGCGGACAAAAUACACAAGUUUACCACUUCCGAUAAAUAGUACCGGUGGGUGCAAGGGACAGAUUGGCAAAUUCUUUAGAUUAUAAUACUUGAACCAAAUAUCCUUAUUCCCUAGAAAUGAAAACAAAACGUUAGCUGGAAAUGUGUUCUUAAUUAUUUUAAUUAAUUUCCAACCUGUCCAUUAUGUACACGAUCUAUAGUCUAUUUAAUUAGUCAUGUAAAUGAGUACUGAUUUGCAUUUCAUAAUCAUAUUUUAUUAAAAAUCUAUUUAAUUUAUUCCAAAUUAGUUUUUCUUAAUAAGUUUGCAUUUGCGUUGCAAAUAGUAAUUUACAUUAUUAUUAAGUUAUAUCUUGUAGGAUAGUUGCUAUAUUUACUGUAUUACGGUAAAAAUUGGUGCUUGAAAACAUUUUCAA